AUGUCUUCGUGUCUGGUGUUAAUCCCUAUUAUCUUGAUUGGAUAUUGCUUAGGUGGAGUGACUAAAUUUUACUUUUUACCAUCGAAUAACUCUAAUUAUCCUCGACUUGUUUCAAGAGAUAAAUUACCAACGUUAAAUGCUCUGACGCUAUGUUCGUGGAUAAGGCUACAUUCUUCUAAGAACAUGACAUUAAUUUCCUACAGCACUUCUGAUACUAAUGGAUUUCAUAUUUCUUUACAGAAUGGAAGGAUCAAAUUGAUCAUUGCAAACGAAACUAUGAAUUCAAUGUGUUAUUUUCCAAAAAUUGGAACUUGGAGUUAUCUAUGUGUAGUGUGGUUUGGACCUACUGGAUUUGUGAAUAUUUAUUUAAAUCAUGAAAAGUGUGAGCAUAGUUAUCAUACAUUUCUAACUGCUGGCGAAAUUAUUCGAGGUGGAAAAAAAUUUAUUAUUGGACAAUAUCGUGAAACACCAGAUUCUAAUUUUCAUUCUAAUCAUUCCUGGGAGGGAGAAAUUGCUAAUUUUCGUGUCUGGAACGAAGUACUUUCGUACGAGCAGACGGUGGAAACUGGAAAAUGCAAUGGUAAGUAUAGAGAUGGAAACGUAAUUUCCAUGAUGAAAACACCUAUGAUGGCAUUUGAUGGUGUCAUUUUUUCUGAAACAAAAUUAUGUGAAUUGAAAUAG